AGAUCUAAAUCUAGUAGUCGACAGUUAAUUUCCUAAGACAUUGCUUUUUAAUGUUAUUACAAAAAGUGCAUGUAGAAUCAUCUAAUCUAGUUACCAUUCACGUUGUAAUGGUAGAUUUCUAGUUUUGCACGCAAGUUUUAUUAUUAAGGAAGCUCACAACCGAUGGUGCAAUUUGAAGAGUAGUCUAACCGCUGAAAGAUUAAGGAAUUUCCAAUGGAUCCUGAAUUAUUAAAACGCUAUAAAACUACUGAACCGAGAGGGCGCGGCCGCAAUAGAGGGAGGGUAUUUUCUAAUGACAGGCCAUAUUUGUACAGGACUCCAACUGAGAGAACAAUGUAUUUUACUGCAAAAAAUUCUCCGAAACCUAAUAAAGGGAAGGGACAGGCCAGUGUGAUGAAGGUGUCCCUGCCCGAUACUCCCCUUCUAGAACCACCUACGCUAGCUCAAGCUGGUGUUAAUGUUCCUAACAAAGAUGAAGAACUUAUUGCUGCAGUAGUGAGUGGUCCUAUCAACACUUUCAUAACCACUUUAAAUCGUUUGAUAAAAGAGAAUGCUCUAAGCCAAGCUGGACUUGACUUGGCCUUGGUUGAAGCAAUAAAACGUGGCAGUAAACUGAUUAUGCACCAGCUUUUUCAUGCUGGUGCUAAAGCUUUUGGAAGAGAUGAAAAAGGCAACACAGCUCUUAUGAUUGCUGCAGAAAAUGGUUACUUAGAUAUGGCCAGAUUUUUGUUAAAGAAAGGGUCCAAGGUAAAUGCUGCUAAUGACUCAGGUGAGACUGCUUUAAUAUUGGCCGUUAGACUUUCAGGAUGCUCUGAUAUGAUUUCUCUGCUGUUAUCUUAUAAAGCGGAUGUCAAUCGGCAAACAAAACAAGCUCAGACCGCAAUAUUUGAAGCCUUAGAAAACAGAGAUUUGGAUGCAAUAAAAAUUCUACUGGACGCCGGGGCCUUGAUGGAUAAAAUAAAAAACAAAUCUUCAGAAACUGGACUUGACAUAGCCAGACGCCUAGACUUGGAUUACAUAGUCCACCUUUUUAUGAAAGAGGAGAAAGGUGGCAAGGGGAAGAAAAAUGUGCCUAAAGGCACAGCUCUAAUGAAAGCCGCAACCAGCUGUAAUGUGGCUGCUGUGCGUUUACUUUUGGACUGUAGAUUCAUAGAUAUUAAUAAAUCAAGUCAGACAGGAACAGCAUUGACCCAGGUGGUUAGAGCUAUGUGUGGAAAGUCUAAAUCACGGGAUGUAAAUGAAAAGAGAAUGCAAAUUGUUAAACUCCUGCUGCAGAAUGGUGCCCGCAUUGAUGAACCAAAGUCAGUUGAUGGCAACUCACUUAUUUUGGCCACCAAAGCUGGUCUCUGUGAUGUUGUUCAGCUGCUGUGUGCUGAUAAAUCUAAGCUAAACAGCAUUGCCUCAAACCGAACUGCUUUGAUGGUUGCUGUGGAAACCGGUCGUGUUGACCUUGUUAAUAUUUUAUUGGAUGCUGGUGCUGACUUAAAGAUCAAGAACAGCAAUCGUGAAGAUGCUCUGCUAAUAGCUUUCAAGUAUGGUACGUUGGAGUGCGCUAAAGUUCUCUUGCAGAGGAAUGCGGAACUUGACGGGCUUGAAGCUGCUAGACUAGCUGUGGAAAACAAACAGAAGGAAUCCUUGCUGUACCUUGCCAAUAAUUAUGACAUUGAUGUGAACAAGAUUAAUUUGCUGCACAAGGCAUUGGUGUUUGAAAGUGAAGAUGUUGUGAAUGUGCUAAUCAAAAUGGGAGCUGAUGUUAACAAACUAAACGACAACCAGACGACGCCUCUUAUGCUAGCGUGCAAUAGAGGAGUCUCAUUCGUACAGAUUCUUCUCAACCACGGGGCUGAUGUCAAUUUGGGGAAUGAUGUAAAUGGAACUCCAUUAAUUCGUGCUGUGUCUUCUUCCGUAGAAGUGGCAGAACUGCUUAUUCAAAAAGGUGCUGAUGUAAAUAAAACUACGGUCACUGGAGAAACUGCUUUAAUGCAGGCAUGUGAGGGGUGCGGACAGAAAAGCCUGGACAUGAUUGAGUUGUUGUUGGAAUCCAAAGCUGAUGUCAACAUGCAGUCUGAAUCAGGUGAGACGGCGCUGCAUGCUGCAGUGAGUGCCCAAAGCACUGAAAGUGUUCAGCUGUUGUUACGAAAUGGGGCGGACGUUAACCUGAAAUCCAAACUAGGCGAGACGCCAUUGCUCCUGGCUGCAGAAAGUGGGAAUGUUGGGAUAAUCAAACUGCUGAUCACUGCCGGCGCAGAUGUGAACGUUGAGGACUCGUUUGGCUGUAAUGCCCUUUUGCGCGCUUUGAGGAGUCAUUCUCCAGAUACAGCCAUUAAUUCUGAACUCAUAAACUUACUUGCGUUCAGCAGAGAGCAUAUCAACAAACAAAACUUGACUGGUUACACACCAUUAAUGCUAGCCACAGAGAAAGGUAACUACGCUGCUGUUAAGUCUCUAUUAGAUUUGGAUGCUGAUGUCAAUAUUGUUAAUUCAACAUCUGCGUUUAGUACUAUAACUGCGUUGUCUAUACUGCUAGAAAAAUCAACUGUUUAUAGAAAAAGUGACAUUCUCUGCCUGGAGGAACUGUUGAAGCGUAGUGCUAUGUCCAGCUUACCCCAUCAUUGUAAAUCUAUACUCCACAAAAUGAUUGUGUUAGAUAAUAGAAAACUAAUACAGUUGCUGGUCACUAAUGGCAUGGCCCCUUGCAACAUUGACCUCCGGCCUUUAACCUUCAGGUUUGUCCCCUAUCUUCAGAUGCAGAUGCUGCGCUACAACAUGUCAGAGGCCUCGCCCCUCAGUGCUGCCUUAACUUCUGGCAACCCUGCUGUAGCCAAGUACCUGGCCAGGAACUUGUUUCUCUGUCCUUCAGAUUUAGGAGGCUUUGCCACACGUAACAGAUUAAGGGAUUAUCUAGAAACUAUGGCAAUGAAUGAAUGUGUAGAGUUUGUGGAUGAAUUCACCAGCCAGCCAAUGUCACUCGUCAAAAUGUGUCUUGUCACCGUCUCGGCAGCGCUUGGCCCACCACCGGGUAGAAAGGCCAGGGUUGAGAGUUUACCUUUACCUAACAUUAUGAAAGACAAGUUGUUAUUCAAACACGAAGAGGUGUCCAUGGACUUUGUCAAAGAGGAGUUAGAUGGUGAGGAAUUGAAUUCAGCAACGUAUGAUAUUAGUGAUGAUGAUGAGUUUGAUGAUGAUAUUGAUGAUCCGUCAGAUUUUGUGUUAGGUUUAGAUGACCCCAUGCAUUUCUUUUAUGAAUCUGAUUCAGACAAAUAUCUCUUUUACGGAAGUGGCGGAAGCAUGUAUGAAAGUGAUGACGCCUACAUGUUUUUAUAGUAUGUUUUUUUAAAAGCGUUCAAUGAUUUAUUUGUAGACACCUUAAUUAAUUUACUGUUGAUCUUUAUUUUGAAGUAUUAGACAUUGUAAUUUUUAAAAAAAUGUUAUUUUCAGUGAAAAUGUAAAAGUUAUAGUUUUUCAAA